AGAUGAACGUUAUGGAUUCCCUUCUAUCCUUGACUGUAAUUGAACAGUCCCAAGUGUCGCCACCACCGGCCACCAUUGGCCGCAAGUCGCUGCCACUAACUUUCUCUGAUAUCGUAUGGUUAACUUUCGCUGAUCCUGUACACACACUCUUUUUUUAUGAGCUCCCAAUCACUAAAACACAGUUCACUGAAACUAUUGUCCCCGAUCUUAAACAAUCUUUAUCUAUCACCCUUAAACAUUUUUUCCCUUUUGUUGGUAAGUUGACUGUAUUCCCUACUAGUACUAGAAAACCCGAAAUUUGUUAUGUCGAAGGUGAUUCUAUCGCGGUUACAUUUGCAGAGUGCAAUCUUGAUUUCAACGAUCUCACCGGGAAUCAUCCUAGAGACUGUGAAAAGUUCUAUCAUCUUAUACCUCUUCUUGGACGCUCUAUAAAAGUGUCCGAUUACAUUACAAUCCCAGUUUUCGCGGUUCAAGUGACGCUUUUUCCCACCUGUGGGAUUUCCAUCGGAAUGACAAAUCAUCACAGCCUUGGUGAUGCUAGCACCACGUUUUGUUUCCUCAAGGCAUGGACGUCAGUUGCUCAAUCUAAUGGUUCUGAUGAGAACUUUUUGGCUAAUGGAACUUUACCAAUUUAUGAUAGGUUGGUGAACUACCCGAAACUAGAUGAGAUUAAUCUAACGAAAGCCAAGGUUGAAGCGUUUAAUGAAGAAUAUAAACUUCCAAGACUUUACGGACCAACAGAUAAGGUUCGAGCCACGUUUAUCUUGUCUCGAACCAUGAUCAAUGGUUUGAAAAAACUGGUUUCAACCCAAAUUCCGACAUUAGCUUAUCUAUCAUCGUUUACCAUAGCAUGUGCGUAUAUUUGGAACUGUGUAGCGAGUUUACACAACGAUGAGAUAGUACUAUUUGGCUUCGCCAUUGAUUGUAGGUCACGAAUGGAUCCACCUAUCCCGGCCGCUUACUUUGGCAACUUUCUGGGGCGGUGUAUCAAUGUAGCAAGAACGUCUAUUUUAACAGGAAAGGAUGGAUUUUUAGCAGCUGCUGAAUUGAUUGGAGAGAAUCUGAAUAAGAUUUUGACCGAUAAGGAUGGACUCGUGAAAGGUUUAGUGCCGAUGGAGAAUUUGUUUGCGGAUGGGUGGCCAACAAGGAUAAUGGGUGUUGCUGGAUCACCAAAACACAAACUUUAUGAUCUAGAUUUCGGAUUUGGGAAGCCCAAAAAGCAUGAAUGGGUCUCGAUCGAUUAUAAUGUUGGAUCAAUAUCUAUUAGUACCAGCAGAGAAUCCAAUGAAGAUUUAGAGAUUGGUUUGUGCCUUUCUGCUGAAAUGGAUCUUUUUGUCAGUAACUUCAAUUCUGGUCUAAAAUCAUACAUCUAGAUUCAUCGUCUUAUUUUGUUGUCUUGUUAAUUGAAUGGUUGGUUUACUUCC